UGUUCCGUUUGCCUGAACGCACCGUGUCAUCACGAAAAGGACCUGCUAACCUUGAAUGCCUCAAGCUGCUCUAAUCUCCUUCGAUGAGCUUGGCUCAACAUCGGACAGACACUGAUUUGCUCAAGUGGGGGGGGGCGAGAUUUCCUCUGAUCUCUCACAGCAUUUUGCCUGAAGAUUUUUUUUCCCCCCCUCCUAAACUCUUUCAACACCACGAUGAGAUUUCCUCACUGAAGUCUUCGGAAACCUGCAAGAGCCAUGGAAGUGCCUGCAGACAGUUUAAAGAUCCGUUACAGAGAAGAGGACGGGACGGUGUUGUUUGAGAGCUACAUACCCCCGUCCAGGGACGCCAUUCACCUGCCCACCUAUGUGCUCUAUUUACUCAUAGCCAUAUUCAUCGUGCUCGGGGUUCUCUACGCCAUCAUCGGCCACCUCAUCAAGGACCUCAUACACGACUUUGCAGACUGGCUUUUGGGGAGGCAGCCUGAAGAAGUGGUGGUCAACUAUUGUGAAGCCAAAGACAAAUUCGUGGCCGACUGGUGUCCAGAAACCACGCCAGAGCUGCAGGAGAUGGCCCGAGCUGAGAACAGGAUGGCCGAGAAGGAUUUUAUGAAGUCGCCGGCUAUCUGGGUCAUCUCCAAGGAGCCUCGGGAGAGCAAAACGGGGCCCCGUGUGGUCUUUGGGAAGAGGAGUUAAUGUGCACUCAGAGACUCUAGCUCUAUAAUUUUAAUGACGUGGCCGAGUUAUGGAGGCGACUGAUGAUACUUUGGUCGUUGGAGGACCUCUAGCGGUUUUUAUUGUAAGUGCAACUGGGAAAAAAAUGCUUUAAUGUUGCAAUAAAUGUCCCCUGCAGUGAAAAGUCAGAGCAUUUUGCAUUUUUAAGAAUGUUGACAAACUACACGCUAACAACAACAACAACCUUGACUGUAACUCACUAGCCACACCGUUCAUCAUUUGCCACAAUGUCACUCCAAGCGACAUUGUGUUAACUGAUUAGAUUACUUAAAAGUAUGAUUUAAUCACAAUUCUCUCCCUAACUUCAAUCACUGUCAUAAUCUUAUUAUCUUUGUCCCACUACUCAACCCGCCAACUCACCCCUCCAAACCCUGCACUCCACACUGCUAUCAGACAGAUUAUAUCAUCGUCAGCCUCUGUAACUUUAAACCAGCAACAGCUGAGCGACACAUUAUCAAACUAUAACGUGCACAACCUUUUGUAAUCAAUGUUCUCAAAACGGAAGAUUUUUGAAAUGAUAAAAUCCUGAUUGGAAGACUUGAUCAUUCUUUUUGCC